AUGAGCGCGGCUACGGUGGUGGACACGCUCGCCGCCACGCGCGGUGUACCCGCGCCGUCCUCGCGGCGCGCGCCGGCCGCGCGCGCGGCCUCGUCCCCCGCGGCGAUGUUUCACGCUCGUCCGGGCCAGAUCCGCCGAGGCCUAGGUUCGACCAAGGCGCCGUCGACGACCGGCCGCGGCAGGCGGCUCGCGAGGGUCCGCGCGGGCAAGGACAAGGACAUCGAGGCGGAAUCAGCCGCCGCGAUCGGCGACUUCGACCCGCUCGGCCUCGCGAGCGAGUCCGAGGCUGUCGACGCGGACGCACCCGCGCGAGACGCGCGAUCUGAGAACCCGGGCGACGAAGACGAGAAAACCGGCGACGCCGAGGAAACCGCGGCGCCGGACGCCUCGGGUUCGGCGUCCGGCGAGGAGACCCCGUCGCGAAACAAGACGUCGUCGGAGAAGAAGAACGCGUCCGAUGCCGAGGGAAAGGACUCCGACGCUUCAAACGCGGGGUCUCCCAACCCCUUCGCCAAGCUGGUGCCCAAGGGUGUCCGCGACUGGUUCACGUCCAUCCCCGCAAACGCGCAGGCGCGACACGUCGACCAGCUCUACGAGGCCGCGGACGCGUCCCCGGGCAACUUCGUCAAGCAGGACACGCUGAUGCGGGAGCUGUACGCGUCCAAGCGGUACGACGACGUCAUCAAGCGGUUCGAGGAGCGCGACUUCGCGUCGGGGCCCGGCUCCGUGGUGGCGUACCUCAACUCGAUGGCCAAGCUGGGCAAGCUCGAGCAGUUCGACGUCCAGAUGCCGCCCAAGUCGCAGAUAUCCAUGAUGAGCGUCGAGGUGAUGAAGGACAAGAACCUGCGCCUCAGCGGCGACGAGGCUGUCGAGCGCGUGAUGGAGUCGGUGGCCACCGCCGCGGCGGACAAAUCCGAACUCCCGAUUUUUCUAAGAGACUUGAGCGUCCGAAGCAAGGGCAAACCCGAGGUGGCCAAGCUCCCCGCGGGUCGAUCGGCCGCGGCGCCGCUGCACGUGGUCAUCUCCGACGGCGCGGGGGGUGUCGCGCGCGGCGCCGGGGCGAAGGCGGGCGACAACGGAUUGGUAAACUUUUUGUUUUACUGCACGCUGGGGCUCUGCGCGUGGGGAGGCAUGGGCGCGGUGAGGCAGUACGCCGGCAAGGUGUCCGCCAGCAAGGGUGCGUCCACCUCCUUGAUGACGUCCUCGCAGACGGCGAACAGGCAGGGCGGCUUGUUACCGGGCGACGCCAAGCCUUCGCUCCCGGCGGCGCAGAAGAAGGAGUCCUCGUUCGACCCCAAGGAGUACAACAAGGAGGCGCUGAGCGAAAAGUCCGUCAAGACGUUCAACGACGUCAAGGGGUGCGACGAGGCGAAGCAGGAGCUCCAGGAGAUUGUCGAGUACCUCAAAAACCCCGACCUGUUCACCAGGCUGGGGGGUAAGCUUCCCAAGGGUGUCCUGCUGUCGGGUCCCCCGGGCACCGGGAAGACUUUGCUCGCCAGGGCCGUAGCGGGCGAAGCCGGCGUGCCCUUCUUUUACCGCGCGGGCAGCGAGUUCGAGGAGAUGUUCGUGGGCGUGGGCAGCAAGCGCGUGAGGCAGCUGUUCAGCGCCGCCAAGAAGAAGACCCCGUGCAUCGUCUUCAUCGACGAGAUUGACGCGGUGGGCACGAGCCGGAAGGCGUUUGAGACGCAGAGUCGGAAGACGCUGAACCAGCUCCUGACCGAGAUGGACGGGUUCGAGCAGAACGAGGGCAUCAUCGUCAUCGCCGCGACGAACAUCCCGGAACAACUCGACCCGGCGUUGACGCGCCCGGGGCGGUUCGACAGGCUGAUUCACGUCCCGAACCCCGACAUCGGCGGCAGACGAGAGAUUCUCGCGCAUUACCUCUCCGAUAAACCCGUCGAGGCGGACGUCGACGUGGAAUCCCUGGCGCGCGGCACGUCCGGUUUCAGCGGCGCCGAGCUGUUCAACCUCGUGAACAUGGCGUGCGUCCAGGCGGCGGUGACGGGGGAGACGACGAUCACGUCCGAGCUUCUCGACUGGGCCAAGGAUAGGAUCGUCAUGGGCGUCGAGCGAAAGUCCGCCGUCCUCACCGAGGAGUCCAAGAGACUCACCGCGUACCACGAGGCUGGACACGCCAUCGUCGCCCUGCGAACCCCGGGCGCGAUGCCCGUGCACAAGGCCACGAUCGUUCCGCGCGGAAGCGCGCUCGGCAUGGUCACCCAGCUCCCCGAUAAGGACGAGACGUCCAUCACCCGAAAGCAGCUUCUCGCCAGGCUCGACGUAUGCAUGGGCGGCAGGGUGGCCGAGGAGUUGAUCUUCGGGAAGGACGAGGUGACCACCGGCGCGCUGUCCGACCUGCAGCAGGCCACCAGGCUGGCGACGUACAUGGUCGGCGAGGUUGGUCUGUCGUCGCUCGUGGGACCCGUCCACGUGGACUCCAUGAGCAAAGGGGGUCGCAGAGCGACGGAGGCGCUGGUGGACAAGGAGGUGGUUCAGCUCCUUCGCGAUUCUCACGCGAGGGUGACCAAGCUGCUGACGAAACACACCGCGGACCUGCACACGCUCUCCGCGGAGAUGCUCAGGCAGGAGACGCUGACGGGCGACGAGAUUCGCGCGGUGCUGGGGAUGGAGCCGGCGAUCAAGCCCGCGCCGCCGCCGCCGAAGCACAAGCCGAAAAUUGCCGGCGGGGACGAGGCGGCGCUGAAGGAGGCGGAGGCGUCGAACAAUCCGGGCGAAACCGAGAAGGACGGCGAGGAGACGAUCGACAUUUUGCUCCCAGAGGUUGUCGAGCCGGUCGAGGCGAUCGGGGACAAGUCCGAGGCUAAGGAGAGCGAGGUGCCCGCGUGACGCGAGCGCAACGAAUACGCACGAAAAAUUCAUUCCGC